ACUUCUAAGCUUGAAAGUCACAAGUAAACUAAUUUUAUAAAUCGAAGUUAUCUGUGGCAAAAUAAUUAUUCUUCAUCUCAAUAAACUUCGCCUUUUGUUAUUGUUGUUAGUCAGUAAUUAGGGGUUACUAGUUGUUUGUAAGGAUAAUUAUCUAUAUUCGUUUUUUAAGGGAAUGUACAUGUGGCUGAACAACCACAUGUAUAUUUUUCAAUAUACUUGAAAAUGUAUAUUUGGUAGAUGAUUAUGUACGUUAUAUACUGUGUGAACUAGCUAAGCUGUUUUCUUGGUUUAGCAUCGGUAGAUAGCCUGGGUUUUGUAAAAUUAAAAUCAAUAUAUUUGUAAUCUUUGUCAUAAAAUUCAAAUACCGGAAAAUUCCCCCCAAACUUUGGAGAUUUCCCAAAAUAGGGAGACUAGGCUAAUUUUGAGUAAUAAGGAUACCAACUUCAGAUAAUACGUUAAACAAAGUAGUUAGUGGGGCGAGACCAAUUUAUGGGUGGACUGACCAGAUACAACAUAACCAUUCCUGGAUUAUUUUGUUCGAAAUUUAUUUAUGCAUUUGUCUAAAGAGCUUUUUGGCAUUAUAGGUAAUGCUAGUUAAUGAUGGCAUUCUCAAGAUAACUUUAGUUUCGCUCAAGGGUCGCCCAUCAAUUAUGGUCUCACCGACUUCGUUCAUAUUUUUAUCCAUACAAAUGUAUUACCAAAUAAAACAGGUGUCAACCCACAAAAACGAUGAAAUUUAAUGUUUCAAAACGUACGGACACGCUUUAGUGAUUAUAAAAAAUAAAAUCCACCUAAAAUACGUAUAUCUGACUUUCUGCAAAUACAAGUUAUCAACACUUUUCUAUCACUUCACAAUAAUGUUCGUUUUCUUUUUCUUAAAUUCUGAAUGAAGGAAACUACCGGUUAGAUAAAAAUGGCCCGUCAGUCGCGUGGAUUGGAAUCUAAAAGAGUGACGGCUGAAUUGUUCACUUUGACAUAUGGUGCUCUUGUUGCUAAUAUUGUUAGAGAUUUCGAUACAGAUGCAGAAAUUAAUGAACAGUUAGACAAAAUCGGAUUUAAUAUUGGUCUAAAGUUGGUUGAAGACUACUUAGCGCGUGGGAAUCCUGGUCGUUGUAACGAUUUCAAAGAAACCGCUGAAGCAGUCGUAAAAGGCUUCAAAAUCUUUUUAGGCAUAACUCCAACUAUUUGUAAAUUCAGUUCAGCUGGUGAUGAAUUCAGUCUUGUAUUGGAGAAUAAUCCAUUGACAGAAUUUGUUGAUCUUCCUGCUGAACAUCAAAACCUACUUUAUUCCAACGUAUUGGCUGGUGCGAUACGUGGUGCUUUGCAUAAUGUACAACUUGAAGUUGAGGCUCGAUUUGUUCAAGAUCAAUUACGUGGUGAUCAAAUCAAUGAGAUACGCGUAAAAUUUAUUCGUCGUAUUGAAGAAAUUAUUCAAGGAGAUGAUUAAUUCAUCAUAUUUAUUUUAAUAUUUCCAGUUCAAUUUUAUAAAUAUAUUCACUGAAUGUAUUUUUACGUUACAUAACUUUUUCUAUGAAUUUAUUCUUUGAUAAUAAUAACAGUAAUGAUAAAAAAUGCAUUUUCUGUACUAAAACUUAGGAAAAAUCUAAUGGCUGUGCAC